AUCUCAUUCACCUUCUGAUCAAAGAUGGAUCUGAAAAUCACAGUUUUUCUUCUGUGCAUUCUGUUUAGCGGAGGACACUCUCUCAGCUGUUAUCAGUGCACAAGUGUGUUGAGUUCUUGUACCCAGACAAGUCAGUGUCCCGCUGGAAUUAACAACUGCUUGAGCGCAACAGUUACUGGCAACGGUACUACAGUGAAGGUUAAAACUUGUGCUCCAGAUGUCUGUCCGAAUGGAUCCGUCAACUUGGGCACUGAACAAAUCUCUUCUGUGUGCUGUAACACGGAUCUCUGUAAUGGCCAAGAUGCUCCAGAUCCCAGCAGUAGCACUUCCAAUGGAAGGCAGUGUUACUAUUGUGAUGGACAGAGAUGCUUAAAGAGAGUGAGCUGUUCAGGGACUUUAAUGCAACAGUCUCUUCACCCGGGACUUCUGGAAACCAGUCACAGGUUGUAAAAGGCUGUAUCUCUAAAUCGUUUUGCGAUGCGUCAGAUUUGAUUCUUGGUUUAGGUGUCGUCUCAUGCUGUGAGGGGAACCUGUGUAACAGUGCUCGGAGUGUCACUCAGAGCUUCCUGUUCCUCUGCUGUUCUCUGCUCUCCUUCAUCCUGCUGCACUGAAUCCAGCAGCUCUUCACAUUCUACAA